UACGUGAUGCCGCGCCAGGCCAUCUCGAUCUCGCGAUUUGUUCCUGAUUCCAUGGCGACGAAAAUGGAAUCUGAAGGUGACAAAAGUCUUCUAGAAUUGGACGAAGAAAGUCUUUAUAAACAUUUGUUGUUACAGGCCAAUGAGAAUGCUGGUGGGCUGUUUGGAAAUUCUGCUCCUGAUCCGAGCCAAGCUGAGGUCAAUGUUGUGACGCCUGAACCGGGAGUCUGCAUCAAGACUAAAGAUAAUUCAGGAAAGAAGGUCUUCAUUAAUCUGUGUAAAACAACAGAGAUGCCUGCCCCUCAGGACAUUACUGAUUCUGAGCUUGUCAAACUCCUGGACUCGGAUGAGAUAAGUGACUACAGAGUUCCACUUAGUAUUGGAGAGCCUCAUGCUGAAAUAGAUAAUUCCGGGAAAGGAUGCACUGCAUAUGAUGUCAUGAUCAACAACGAGUUCUUUGAGAAAGUGGAAAAGAACAACCUUUUCAAGGGAUUCCUCAUGUCUGUAGUCUUUGAAGGAUUGGAACAGAAAUAUAACAUUCUGUUGAACAGAGAAUGGUCCCAGAUGAAGAAGAGGAAAUGCCUUGGGACACUCCAUCAGCAUCACCUGCGUACCAAGUCAAAACCUCGCAUCCUAGACAUGGGACCAACUGCAGUGGAUGAAGAUAGUCACCAAACCAGUCGCCAAGAAAGUCAAUUAAAAUCAAAGCCACUCAUUUCAGAGAUUUCAGAUGUCAAGAGUUCAAAGGUCACAGAGAUCGACACGGACAGUAGUGAGAAGGCACCUGAACCAAAGUACACCAUCAUGCGAGAACCCAUGGAUGGUCAUCCAGAGUUUCUUGUAGUGGAUAUUGAGUUACCGGGAGUGAAGACGGCAAAAUCGUUGACCGUGGACUUGGGAGAAGAUCGCAUCUUGCUUCAUGCUCACCCUAAGGCAUAUCAUCUAGAUAUUUAUCUCCCCUUCGAUGUAGAUCAAGACUUCAGUGGAUCACAGUUUAACAGAGACACCCAGAUAUUAACAUUAACUCUUCCUGUGCAACCACAAGGAUAGCUGGCCUUCUUUGACUUCAAUGUUGGUUCGCCAAACUUUGAACAAUUGACCGGCCACCGAUGGAUGACUCUUCCUGUGCAACCACAAGGAUGGUUGGCCUUCUGUGACUUAACUUCGAUGUUGGUUGGUGAAAAUUUUGAACAAUUAACCGGUCACCAAUGGAUGACACUUCCUGUGCAACCACAAGGAUAGCGGGCCAUAUUUCUCUUCUCUUUAAGCUGGUUGGACACACCUAGAACGAUUGACCUGCCACAACUGGAUGAAACUUGCUUUACAACCACAUGGACAACUGACCAUAUUUUUUCUUGACUUAAGUGCCAGCCGGACACUGCUGUACCGAGUGACCAAUCACUAUGAGAUCUCUGAAGAUAUGAACAUUUGAUAUUUCAGUGCAACUGCAUUGACAGCUGACCAUAUUUCUCAUACUAAUUGGUCAACAAAGUGACCUGUCACCACUUAAAUCUCUCAAGGUGCAUGUAUCAAUGUGGACUCCUGUAAAACUGCAAUAACUGGCCAUAUUUCUCUUCUCUUCAAUGUUGGUUUGACACACGUGUGUCUCGUUGCAUAAAAGUUAGUAGUAACUCUGCCAUGCAAUGGUAUCUUCCAUGAAGUCCUUGAAUUUGAUUGGUUGUUGGGUCAUGUUACCAUGGUUGUUACCAUUGGAAGGCAGCAGUCAGACUGCAGGUCCCAAGAAAGUGGCUUCUUUCAUCCAAGUGAUAUUCAUGACUUGAGAUGUUUUGCAUAUUU